AUGUGUUCUGUCCAGCGACGUUUGACACAAAAGUACAGCAUUGCCGUAGGCGUCCCGACGCUUGUGAUCCGAGGUCGCGCAGUUCGCGACGCAUUGCUCAACGACCCACUCGGUGAGCGUUUCCCGUGGCCUGCACCUCCUCUUCACGAGGUCCUACGCGGCGUACAACUGCAAGGAGUUGGAGGAAACAAAUUACAUGAACAACUGCCUGAUGACGCCGUCAGAGUAUUUUACUUCGCUGCACAUUGGUGUCCGCCAUGCCGAACAUUCGCGCCAAGUUUGUGCUCUGCAAUAUCUGCAGUGCGUAAGCGCCGGUCGAAGUAUGCAAAUACGCAACUCAUACUAGUCUCUAGUGACAGGAGUGAGCAGUCCUACAACCGCACCGUCCAGUCAGUAUCGUCAGUGGGUGCCCUCGCAGUGCCGUGGUCAGCAUCAGACGCUAGACAGACGCUACCAUCUGCUCUGGGGGUUGCUGGUAUACCAGCUCUUGUCAUUACUGAUGGAAGUGGCAAGGUGUUGACUGCUAAUGGAAGACAGCACUUGACUGCUGAUCCUUCUGGACUGAAUUUCCCAUGGGCGCAAAAACCUGUGUCGGUCCUGACAGAGCAAGCUCUACUAAAAAUGGCCAGACAUCCUGCCGUUGUUCUUUUCAUAGAUGAUGAAGAUUCUGAAAUAGAGUUUGCCGAAUCAGUUUUAACACCUUCGGCAGAGUCCUACUACGAAGAAUGUAGCAUUCAGUAUCCUGGCUUCUGUCCUUUCCAGAACUCUUCCGACGAUGAAACUAUGGACUUCGACUAUCCAACAACGAAACAUUCUAGAUUAAAGAAAAAAUCUUUCAAACACGUUAUGUUCUACAUAGGGAUUGAUGGAACCGAUAGUGCCGACAUGCUGCGGGAACACAUAGGCUUAGAUGACGCAGUACCAUUGCUCACUGCUAUAGAUUUCCCAAAACAAAAGCUGGUGACGAUGAAAUACGGUGACGAGAUCACAACUGAUUCGGUACAGAAUUUUGUAGAUGCGUACUUGAGUGGUAACGCUGAUUUUAAACCUUUGAAACCGUAUAGUGAAAAAUGUUAGGAAACAGAGAUAUGGCAGAAUAAAACGAAAGUGUAACUUUUUAAGUAUUCUAUGUGUUUAAGACAUGAGUAUUUAGGCUGCACUUUAACAGAUGCCAACUCUAGGGAAGAGGAUAUAGACAUACGCAUCCAGAACACCCUACGAUGUAGUACAGCUCUACACAAAGUGUUGGUGUCCAAACCAAAAGCCAUCAAGCCAAAAUUCGAAUCUACAAGACCGUCAUAAGGCCCAUUCUUGCGUACGGUUGUGAGGCUUGGACACUCUUAAAGAAGAAAACAAACACCUGGUGGAUGAGAAAAAGGUUCUCAGGAAAAUAUUAGGGCUAGUCCAAGGAGAAAACGGUAGCUGGAGAGUCUGCACUAACGCUGAAAUAGAAGAGCUCGUCGCGCAGCCAAACAUCAUUGGCGAAACCAAAGCGCAAAGACUUCGCUGGCUCGGCCAUUUAGAAAGGAUGGGAGAGGAUCGGAACGUGAACAGACGAAGUCGUCUCAGGUACCGCUGGAGCGACGCUGUGGAGGCGGACCUGCGCGAAUUACGAGCCAUCAAUUGGCGAGAGAUGUCACAGGACCGAAGAAAGUGAUGUCAUCUCGUUUCGGAGACGGGACACAUUUUGGGUUGCUGAGCCAGCGGAGUAAGUAUGUGUUUAAGACAUACCUGUAUCUAGAUGUUAAUUACAUUUUAUUGAUAAUCGAAAGUCUUGUAAGCUUUAGAAGUUUGCUUAGUAUAUAAAUGUAAGUACUAUAAAUAAAUAUAAGAACAAAAUUAAAUAUGUACCCAUUUGGUUCAGGUAAUCUAUUUUUUCUUAUCUAUUUCAAAAAUUAUUCUAAUUGUAAGUAUAGUGAAAGUAAACUUAGGAUAAGGUCUAGCUCGUGCACGUUCGUAGAGUUGUCUAUAGGAAACCACCAAAUUAUUAAAUAUACAAAUUAACGUUAUAAUCA